CCCCAAGCAAAAGAAAUUGUGAUGAACCCAAGCACUUUUGUCCUUUGGAUCCUGUCAGCAGUGUUGCUGUCUCUUCAGACCUAUCAAACCAACUCGCUGGUACCCCACACGGGCUUUCCUUUGGCGCAUACUGUUCGCUCUUCCCUAAUAUCCUCGUCUAUUACUACUACUAGUAAUUGCAGCCAUUCCGACGAUGAGACGGCACUGUCACAACGACAUGCAAUUUCCUAUCGCUCCCCAUCUGCCAACGACAUUGCUUCUUGCUUGGCGAUCGAGUCUGCCUCCUAUCCUCCCGACGAGGCUGCAACCCUAGAGUCAUUGACCUAUCGACAGGCCAACGCUGGGGACUAUUUUCAAUGUGCCGUAAUCAACAACAACGACGACAAUAAUGAUAAUGCCGCUAUUAUUGGCUUUGUGUGCGCCACUCGGUGCGAUGAGUUUGCCGAGGAGAGCAUGUCGACUCAUUCCCCAGACGGACCACUGUUGGCCAUUCAUUCGGUGGUUGUAGAGGAAUCCUUUCGACGACAGGGUAUCGCCACGGCCAUGCUCCAGGCGUAUUUGGAAAAGGUCGAGGCAGAAAACAGUGAUACAGAUGGAAGCAUUGAAUCCGUAGUGUUGCUAGCCAAAGAACAGUUGUUGGACUUUUACAGGAAUUGUGGCUUUCAAGUGAAUGGUCCUAGUUCCAUUGUUCAUGGCGAAGACUUGUGGUACGAACUAGAGAAGCGUUUGGACUAG